AUGGUCCUGAAAGAAGUAAGUCCGAGGUCAUAUGCCAUUGGGACUGAAGAUGGACAGCUUCGUAGGAAGCUGAAAAUAUUACAAAAAGCGUAUGCCAAGACAGAGCAGAGACUGAAGCGGGCUGAGCAUGCAGAGACGGUACGGAAACAUGCAAGGAGUGGGAUCACCGAGCAGAAUCUCCAGGACCAGAGCAACCCAGGGGUCAACUCUAGCUUCUCAACCAAACCAUUACAACCUUUACUUAACCAGGACACUGCCAUCAGAACAACCCCCUGCAUUUCCCAGGACCAGUGUGACACUGAAGUUCAAGAUGAGUCUGACAACUCCGGAAGGAGCCCAGCAGUCAGGUUCCAUCUCCCCUCUGAUGCUGCAUGCCAUCUUCUCCCUGAGACGGGCCCCAACCUAGCUAGAGGUCACAGAUCCAGCUCUGCCCUACGUCUUAGAUCACGCCAGAGCCGCCUACGUUGGGAGAAAAGAUGGAGAGAGAGCGCUGAGGCAGUAGGGAGCACAUAUAACAGUGAGGAAGGGCAGGAGCAGAGCCAAGCAAUAGAGGGGGCUGGAGAGCCUGAGAUGAAGCAAGUAAACACCGCAGAGGUUGACACAGUGAGUGAAAGAGAAGAAUUGCUGGCUGAUUCGGAAUCUCAGUCUCCCUCUUUGUUGCUAACACACUGGAACACAACAGGUUACUCUGAAAGGGAAGAGAGGGAGGGAAAGGAGAGAGGAGAACAAGAGCAAAUUGGAAGAGAGACUGAGUCAAAAGAACAAGGGAGAAAAGAAUGUAAGUCACUCUCUCCGCUGCUCACACACUGGACUCCCACUGCACACAGUGACAGACCAAGGCCAAAGGAAAAUCAGAAUAGCAGAGGGGAAGGGACUGGGAACGAGAGAGAAUUUGAGAGAGGAAAGGAGGUUGAGUAUCCUCAAGAAGGGCAGAGAUGUGAAAUGUUGUAUGAAGAGAGUGGAGGUAAAAACUUUGAGCAUGAGCUAGACAAGAAAAUACAGAAAGAAAGAGGGGAUGGUAUUAGAGAAAUAAGAGAAGAAAAGAAUGGAGAAGGACUUGAAAAGACAAGGGAAAGCCAUAAUAACAGGAGUGAAACGAUGGGCCCCCUAUCCUCGUCUACACUAGUGGAAGGGUUACUGUUUCCUACAGAGUACUAUGUCCGAACUACAAGGCGCAUGAUAUAUUCUCAGAGCCAGUCAGACAUGCAGGCUGUCACACUGUCACAGCUCACAGGGGGCAGACAGUGCAGGAGCAGAGGUAGAGGCAAGAAAAGAUCAAGUUGGAGGUCUCUCCUCUUGCCCUCCCCUCCUGCUCCCGAGGCCCAGCUUCUUCCUCUGCCCCUUGGUCCAGCAGUAGACCGUCUGGUACUGUUUGACCUCCAACAAGACUUCCAUCUUCCUGAUGACCAGUUUGCCUCCCUCAAACUGCACAAGCUACGGCAGACUCUGCCUGCCCUCAAACUUGACACUCCAGUAAAAAGAGAAGGUGGAUAUGAACAAGUUGAGGGAACCGAUGAGAUGUCAGAGGAUUGUGUCAUGAGGUGGACACACACACUGAAGGCUCCGGCAGGAGGCGGUCUGGUGGAUGCGUGUUGUUUCUCGGGACCAUCAGGAGGCUUGUGGGUUGCAGCAGCAGGAAAGUGGGCAGUGUGUGUGUGGGAUCUUACCUCAACAUCUGAAUGGAGCUUGAUACACACCUGGACUUUCAAUGAGCCAGUGAUCAAUGUGUUCCCCAUUCCGGAUGCUGCAGGGCUGCUUUGUGUGACUCUGGGUCAGUUGGAAAUCAGAGAAGUCCGGAUGCUGUCUUGCUCUAGACUUCUGCAGAUGUUGCUGUGUGAAGGGGUGGUCCAAGCUGUUGUAGGAGUGGCAAGGUGUAGAGUGGUUAGCUCCUCCCAUUCGGCAACUGUUUCUACACUACAGCUGUUUACACUUUCGGAGGACAGCAGCAAACCAACAUAUGAGCCUCUUGUCUCACCUGGUGUGUGUGUUGGAGCCUUGGCUGCAGUUGAUGGACUUUCAGAUGUUCUGAUUGGCUCAGCUGAAGGUGGACAUCUCUUUAUCUGGAAUCUAAGGACCGGACAGCUGUUAAAAAGGAUCUCCUUUGGGGAAGGCUUAUCAAACACAGUGUGUCUCAGAGGAUACUCUGACUGUGGGGUCUUAUUUGUCCUGUUGCAGCACAAUUUGCUCAACUCCUUGGAGAAUGAACAAAAGAAAUACUACAAGCAAGAUGAGACGGUGUCUAUGGAAGUGAAAGAAAGGGAGGGAAAGAGGAUCACACUCUUCUCUUUGAUUGCUGCUAACCCUCUUAAUGGCAAAUCCACCUUGGCUACCCAGCUCUUUGAACCUGAGGCUUGGUCUAGCAGGCUAUGUGAUGCAGAUGUCCAAGGUACAAGUGUGGUUGGCCUGAGCCAGAGCGGCUCUGUGUUCGUGUGGGAGCUUGAGGGCCAGGGAGGCUCAAGGGUGGUCUGGGCUUCAGAGACAGAGGGGUGGCAACUGGCUCGCUGGGGGAGUGGAGACACCCUGGUGACUGGCCAUCACAACGGAGACCUCAGUCUAUACCGCUACACUGUGAACAGGACCGCUCUUAACCACUCGACACCUAAGCGACUAUAAGAGCUCUUCGGCAAGUGCAUGUGCCUCUAUGAUUGCAGUUGGAACCAUGAGCUAGACCUCCCUGCUCCCAGAGCAGGACUUCUGCUGUGCAACACCACUGAGGAUCCAUAAUGAAGA